AUGAAUUUGACAGAACCAUCAUCGUCUAGCAGCGCCAGACAUAGAGGUCAUGCACCCGCGGCAUGUAAGAGCUGUAGACAACGACGGGUGCGAUGUUUAUAUGACUCUCAAGCGAAAGUCUGUCAUAAUUUUCGUCGCAGGGGAGACCUAUGUGAGAUCCAAUCGGAGGAGGAUUCAAGGAGACGUAUAUCUUAUACUGUCGCGCAACACCUUCGAGCUAGGAUACAUCAGUUGGAAACGGAAAAUGCGCAACUAAUAAAUCAGCAGUCGUCUUCGACAACGCAUUCGACGCCCGACGAGACGAAAGGGGUUUAUUCAUCAGGACAAGCGGACAAAGCUACUUUUGAGUUAUUAGAUAGGCUAAAAGUUUUCGGUGCUGGAGGCGAAAUAUGCCAUUAUGGACCUACAUCCGCUUUCGCUUAUCUCCCUGAUCUGCAGAUGAUGCGUCCAAGUAUCAUCGAUGUCAACUCCGAUCCCAGCAUCUUACACGAUCCUACACGGUGGAGGUCCUGCCUGCCUAGCAAUCUGAACAUAUCCUGGUUCGAACAUCAACAAUUGAUAGAUGCUUUUACUCGUUUUUUCGCGUCAUGGUUAUACGCAAUGGAUAUUGCUAAAUUCCAAGUCGAUAUGCAUCGCCUGGCAGGGAUUACAAGGUCUGAUUACUAUUGUCCUCUUCUACAUAAUGCCAUUCUUGCCAUGGCUUGUCGAUUUGUGCCAAACCCCGACCGGCCAUCAAAUGCUGUUCAUAUCCUACGACAACAAGCUCUUAGCUACUAUCACGAAGAGCUGGAGAGUCCUGUCGUUGCGACCGUCAAUGGCAUGAUGUUGUUGGCUUCACUUCAUACCGAAGAAGGCUACACGAAUACUGGUGCUGCAUACUUUGCAACUGCUGUUCAGACCGCUGUCACACUGGGAUUGAACGUCAAUUCGGCGUAUCUGGUUAGAUACGGCCAGAUUAGCUCCGAACGACAGCACCUUCGCAACAACACAUUCUGGUCUGUUUUUUGUCAAGACCGCUUGUGGGCUCUAGCUCUCGGUAGACAGCCCAUACUCGGAGCUUUCAACGUUCCCAUGCCAGACAACGACGAGCUUUUGCAACGCUAUAGUGCUGGUAAUGGAUCCGACGAGAUACGUCAGGUCUCGCUGGGAUUUUCUGAGACCUGCAAGCUGUCUCGUCUGGCUGGAAUCAUAAUGGAUCAAAUCUAUGGAUUUGCUAGCCCGCCUGAAUUAUCCAAGACGUGCAAUGGCAUAUAUCGUCAAAUCGACGCAUGGCGGAGAGAGCUUCCAAGAAACCUCCUUCCUGUCCGUGACCCUUCCACUCCACCUCAGGUUCAUACACUGAAUAUAACAGCGGACCUAUUGUCCAUUCUUGCGCUCCGACCCCUUUAUCACAAUAUCCUGGACAUGAUCGCAGAAGAUGAGGCUAUCAGAUGUUGUGACAGACAUGCUGCUCAGAUAAACGAGAGCCUCAAGCACUGGCAAGAGACCUAUGGCUUGAGGAAUUGCCCCUUAUUGCUGGGCCAUGCCGCUUUCGGAGCUGCUACUGUACAUCUGUUGGCUUCGGUGACUCCUCGCGAUCCGCCAAAUGAAAUGACGUAUAAUCCCAAAGCUAGAUGCGAAGAAUCAAUCACCAUAUUGAAAUCGAUGGGUAUAUCUCGCGCUGCUCAGAUGGGCGACAUUCUUCAGUCGCUAUCGAGAGAAUGGUGGGUGGAAGAUGCGACUUUGACGAAUGAGAGAGAAUUGGAUGAAUUGCUACAAGCCUUGUAUACAGUCAACCCGAUGGUAUUGUGA